AUAAUAAUAACCAGCCUGAUAGGGAUAUUCGCUCUAUUAAGGCUCUUUGUGGCAGCACGGCUUUUCUGGAAUGGAGACAACCAAGAACGUAUAAGACAAGAGACAGGCUAUAAUGGUAAUAUUGAACGAGACAGAAACCCAUAUGACCAGAACAACAGUGAUGCAGAAGGACGAGUUGUUUCACUCAGGCGUGAAAAUCACGCACGAGAACGAGUAGUUUCUCUUAGACAUGAAAAUCGCAAUAGAAGAGUAAGACGAAAUCGGCAUUCUGCAGUCUUAUUGCAGAAUCAAGUUACAGCUCUGCCACAUGCAUUGAGAGAGCAACUUCCAGAUGAACUUAUGUGUUCAGAGUGUACGACAAAUAUUCGCGAUGCCGUUAACAGAGAAUGUGGACACAUCAUAAUCUGCCAACGUUGCCUUGUUCGAUUCGCCCUUUGUCCUAGGUGUGGCAGAAGGAUUCGAACAUGGAGUGAGGUCUCUUGGUUUUAGUUUUCUUAUCUACAAAGAUCUUCAAAUAAACACUAUAACAUUUGCUUCUAAAGUAUGUAUUUUUCAAAAUAAGCUAGGUUUCCAUACUUAAGAUUAUUGUUACAUUUAAGCUUUUAAU